GCAUGUUGCUCCAAGGUUGCGAUCUUCACACCCGUACCAGUCAGUAGGUGUCACCGCCGAAGCCAUCAAAGCGGCAGCUUCCUUUGACACGAUUCACGACCCAAAUCCUGUCUGCUUGCCUACGUGCCAUGCUAACCGGCUUGAGCUGCACUGGAAGCACACGGCACAUUCUCAUCCUUCCGCCAAAGUACCCUUUUCCCUCUCGCAGCCUCGGCAAUCAAGAUGAAGGGUCUUGCUUUCCGCAAGCUCAGUCGGACCUCUUCGCACAGACAAUCCCUCUUGCGCAAUCUGGUCACCUCGCUAGUGGCUCACGAGAGGAUUCAGACUACAGUGGCCAAGGCGAAAGAAGCGCAAAGAGAAGCCGAAAAGCUCAUCACCAAGGCAAAAAAGGCGAACCUUGGUCAUUCAUCCCAAGGUAUCAGAGCUAGAGCUUACUUGUAUCCCAAUCCUUUGCAGCCUUCGUGGCCCAAGUUGCAGUCCUUGGCCGAGAGGUUUAGGGACAGACCAGGCGGAUAUACGAGACUACACCUCAAUGGCAAUCGCUUUGGCGACAAUGCUCCGACAGCUCUUCUGGAAUUUGUGGAUGGCGCAUCAGAUGUCAGGCUAGAAGUGACGGCGAGGUCGUUGGCACGCGAAGCGCUCGAGGCUUUCAAGCUUGACGGGUCGAAGGGCAAGCCCACACUUGUCGCUCCAGGCUCUGAGGAGAGGCUUGUGGACGACGAAAGGUUUUCUAUCCUCACGCGUCAAAAUGCGAGAAAGGUGACUCAAUUCAACCCGAAUGCGCUCAAGGAACUGGUGACGAGCGCAUCCAGCCACUUGGCCAGGCUAGUAGCUACCGAGCAAGUAGAAGGUCAGUACAGGGUGGACGAAGACAAGAUCAAGGCGCUAGGUAAAAAUGGGCCAUUCGGUGAAACGGCCAUCAAACCUAUGCGUGGAAUGAAAAGGAGAGCGGGUCAAAGAAGAUUGGUGGAAGAGGAUUGGGAACCACCAGUCAUGCGCGGAAAGGGAGGCAACAGCGUAGUCAGGUUGUCAAAGGGAAACUUUGCCAAGCGAUUGAUCCCGAGAACUACAUUGCCAGAGGACCACGGCACAGAGAAGGCCCUGCGCGACGCUUUGCACAAUAGACAAAUCGCCAACGCAAGGAUCAGCGACGACGCUCAAUGAAUUGUAUGGACCGCUUUGAUCCGGCACAGUUGCUCCACCGUGUCGAAGCUCCGGCGCAGAUGUACUUUAAGUCCCUUCAUCAAUAGCAUACCGCAUUCAGAUCCGCGGUCAAGACACGAUUGUGUGCAAGCUGAAGAGCAGGCCCUCGAGGACAGACGUUCUACUGCCAUCUACAUGCGCGGGCAACCUUGUGCAAGUAGGUCGCGAAGUGUGGG